UACUGCAGUCAGACGUAACGCCGAACCACGCUUUUGAAGUGGCGGGCACGUCACACUUUUACGUCUUGCCGCGAUAUUUCAGCUGUGAAAGGUCGACACUUCGCGAGGUUCAACGAGGUUAGCAAACUAACGUGUUUAUUUCAAGACGCUCACACCGCCCGCGUCGGCUCGGACGGGUUGUGUUAUUCCCGGAGAAGACGCGCACAGCCCGGCUCUCGGUUUCUCUCCCUCCGGCUGUCGAGCUCGCAUGUUCUGAAAGCGUUAUCACGGCGGGUCCGCAGACGUCUACGGUCGCACGGACGAUGGUUCUACUGAAAAACCUCCGUCCGCCCACCGAGGGAGUGCGGCACGAGCAAGCCGAGACCACCGUGGUGAUGGACGGCCAGAAGCUGGGCUGCGGCACGCUCUACGUCGCCGAAACGCGCCUGUCGUGGUUCGACGGCUCAGGGAUGGGUUUCUCUCUGGAGUACCCCACCAUCGGCCUGCACGCCAUCUCCAGGGACGUCAGCGCUUACCCACAGGAGCACCUGUACGUCAUGGUCAACGGCAAACUCGCAGGUGAGAACGGGGCCGCGACGUCAGAGGGAGCGGCCGACGACGAAGAAGAAGAAGAAGACGGUGACCACAGCAGUAAUGGCGGUGAUGAUGAUGGAGCCAUCACAGAGAUCCGGUUUGUGCCUAGCGACCAGGUGGCAUUGGAGCCCAUGUUCUCAGCGAUGUGCGAGUGCCAGGCGCUGCACCCCGACCCCGAAGACGACGACUCCGAUAACGACUUUGAAGGAGAGGAGUACAACGUGGAGGAGGCCGAAGCAGAGCACGGCCACGCCGACGUCCCCACCUUCUACACCUGUGACGAGGGUCUGUCGGCCCUCACGCAGGAAGGCCAGGCCACGCUGGAGAGGCUGGAGGGGAUGUUGGCCCAGUCGGUCGCUCAGCAGUACCACAUGGCUGGGGUCCGGACCGAAGAAACCAACCCCGAAUUCGAAGACGGUAUGGAGGUGGAUGCAGCAGCGAUGGAGGCCGGUCAGUUUGAGGACGCAGACGCCGAGCACUGAUGGAAGGUCCCGAAGCGGCCGGCUGAAGCAUGCUGUGUUGCAUCAUGGGAUUGGAGGAGAGGACAGCAGCACUUCUAAUAUUCCCAGCUCUUACUCGUACUCUCUUCUGAAGCAAAGCUUUUCCCCGUGUACUUAAACGUCAUCGCACUUGUCUCUUUUUGUAGCUUGCCACAUUUUCUCUCACUUCAUCGGAGCUCACAUGUUGCUUUUUGUGGCUUUUUCUAGUCACAUUCAUCUCUACUAAUUGGUCCAAACCAUAUUAUUAAAGUAUGCCGUAUACAGUUAAAUCGGCUAUUGUAGACUUUUGAGAUGAAGCCCGGACCCUGUUAACUGUAUAAACAAAACGAUGAGUUUCUGUUUGUUUUGUACCUAACGACCAAUUUAAUAUCAGAUCAGGAAAACAAAUGUCUUUAUAUUAAACUGUCAAUAAAUGCAUAGUUUUUGUAUCUA